UUCCACAUUUUCACAAACAGAAACAAGAAGAAGAGGCAGAUAACGAGACAGAGAGAUGGCAGAGUUUGCUGUUUCCUUAGUUGUGGAAAAGCUUACAAACUUACUGGCACAAGAAGCAGCAUACUUGGACGGGGUUAACCAAAAAAUUGUGCAACUGAGUAACGAACUGAGGUGGAUGCAAAGUUUUCUGAAGGAAGCAGACAUGAAGCAAGAAGACAAUGAAUUGAUGCAACAAUGGGUGUCUGAUAUUAGAGAUGUGGCCUACGACACAGAGGAAGUAAUAGAAACAUAUGUUUCCAGGGCGGCAUCUCAAAAUACAUUUGAUUUAGUCACCAAACCAUUUUAUCUGUACAAGGUGGGGAGGAAGAUUGAAAGUAUUCGAUCUAGGAUUCGUGAAAUAUCUGGCAGACGAGAAACUUAUGGUGUUGUGAGAAAUGGUAGAAGUGCAAGAGAGGGAAGUGAUGCAAAUGAAAGGCUGAGAUGGUGGAGACAGCCAUCACCCCACGUUGAGGAGGAUGAUAUUAUUGAACUAGUGGAAGACACAAAAGCGUUGCUUACACAACUAACUAGCAUGGAGUCAAGGCGCCGUGUGGUUUCUAUUGUGGGUAUGGGAGGGUUGGGCAAAACAACUCUUGCAAAGAGAUUGUAUAACCACAAUGAUGUUAAGAAUCACUUUGAUUGUAGAGCAUGGAUUUAUGUAUCCAAAGAGUACAGAAGAAGAGAGAUCUUGCAAGGAAUUAUUACAGAUGUAAAUGCACUUAACAGAGAUGAAAUGGAAGUUUUGGAGAAAUUGAAAGAGGAAGAGUUGCUGAAGAAGCUGCAUGAAUUCCUGGAAGAGAGGAGGUAUUUAGUCGUUCUUGAUGAUGUGUGGAGUUUGGAGGUUUGGGAUUGUCUAGAAAAUGCAUUCCCUAGUGGGAAAACUGGAAGCAAAGUGAUGCUCACCACCAGAAAUAAGGAGGUUGCUCUGCAUGCUGAUGGAGGGGGCAUUCCACAUGAACCAAGGAUUUUAACGGAGGAUGAAAGUCUAAAAUUGUUCUGCAAGAAAGCAUUUCAUGGAAUGAACAGUCUUCCCCCUGAAUUAAAGAAGCUUGGCAGGGAUAUGGUAGUGAGAUGUGGUGGCUUGCCACUGGCAGUGGUAGUGCUUGGAGGAUUGCUCUCCCGGAAAAUCAAGUCAACAGAAGAAUGGCACCGCGUUCUUCGUAACAUCACCUGGCACUUAACCAAAGGCCAAGACCGGAUAGCUGCCAUUUUAUCACUAAGCUACAAUGAUCUCCCGUCCCAUUUAAAAUCUUGCUUUCUCUAUCUGGGACUAUUCCCGGAGGAUGUCUGUGUCCAGACGAAAAAACUGAUCCAUAUGUGGGUCGCAGAAGGAUUUUUACCACAAGAAGGUGAAGAAACAGCUGAAGGCGUGGCUGAGAAAUGCUUAAAUGAGUUGAUUGACCGGUGCAUGAUUCAAGUGGGAAGAUUAAGUUUACUUGGCAGAGUCAAAACAGUCCGUAUUCAUGAUCUUCUGAGAGACCUUGCCAUCUCUCAGGGAAGGGAGGAAAAUUUCCUUGAAAUUCAUCAUGGAAACAAGGCAGAGUCAUCAGAAUCUACCUCAAUAAGAUCCCGAAGGCAUGCUAUCCAUUCUCGCUAUGACCAGUAUGCUUUCCUGAAACACUUUGCUCCUCAUUUACGCUCCCUUCUGUUUUUCAAUCGAGAGUAUAAUGUAGAUGUGGCAAGGAAGAGAAAGAUAAUUGGUUUCAGGUUUGAGAAGAAAUUGAAUGUCAUUUACAAGAAUUUUAAACUGCUGAGGGUCCUGGAUUUGGAAGGUGUACGUGUUGUCAGUCUCCCAGACACAAUUGGAAGCUUAAUUCAACUAAGGUAUCUAGGAUUGCGGAAGACAAAUUUAGAAGAGGAGCUUCCUCUAUCUAUUGGAAACUUGCAGAACCUAAUAACCUUAGAUUUAAGGUAUAGUUGUUUUCUUAAGAGGAUACCAAAUGUCAUCUGGAAAAUGGUGCAUCUCAGACAUUUGCUCCUUUAUACUCCAUUUGAUUCCCCAGACAGUUGGCAUUUGAGGAUGGACACCUUAUGCAAUCUCCAGAGCCUACCAUAUAUAGAGGCUGGAAGUUGGAUAGAUGAUGGUGGGUUAGCUAACAUGACUAAUCUUCGACAACUGGGCAUUGAUGGGUUGUCAAGAGAACAGGUUACUUCUGUCAUUUCAACCAUAGAAAGACUGCAGGACCUUCAAUCUUUGUCUCUGCUGCUAAUCGAACUGGAAACGUUUCCAACACUCACAGGACUUUCUAACUGUGAGCACCUUCAGAAGCUGUGUUUCUAUGGAAAGAUGGAGAAGCUACCUGACCCACAAGAAUUCCCAUACAACCUGAUUAAGCUAACCCUUUACAAUUCCCAACUGCAGAGGGAUGCAAUUACCAAAUUGGAACGACUACCAAACCUUGAAAUGCUUGUUUUGGGUGAUGGGUCAUACAAUUGGAGAGAUAUGACUUUCUCCUCUGAAAGUUUUCCUAAACUGGAGAUCCUUCGACUUCAUCUUCUGAAAGAAUUGGAAGAGUGGAUAGUUGAAGAAAGGGCAAUGCCAAAGCUCAAGCAUUUGGUGAUAAACCGUUGUGAGAAAUUAAAAAAGAUUCCAGACAGACUGAAGCAAUCAACUGCCCUCAAAGAACUAGAAAUUGUUGGAAUGCCAGUUGAGUUUGAAUACAGACUCAGAACUAAAGACUUCUUUGAGUUCAAACACACCCCAUCAAUCAAAUCGACCACAGACAUGUUGGCAAUAGGUCUUGGCAGUCACCAAAAUGUUGGUUGGCCAGAAGCACAAUUCGGUUGACUGAACAUUCUUCAUAUGUUAUGAAGAUACAGAUUGUAUUCA